AUGGGAUCGUCAUAUAUCGAGAUCGACUCAAUCACUAUUGAUCUUGCCAGUUCUAUUGGUAAGAGGGAUGUGGGAAAAUGUGAACAUUUCUCAAUACGUGAAUAUGUCUCGGAAGUUCGAAAAAAAGACUGGAAACUUUGUUGUCCAUUUCCAAUAGACGAGACUAAAAAGCAACCAUCAUUUCCACCAUUAGACGUACCAAAACACCGUUGUCCAAACUCUCAAAAAGAAAAUGCUGCCAAAGACAUUCCUAAGGAUAACCAAGCAGACUAUAAUUGUUGUAUUACUGGAUGUAGACCUGAUACCAACUGUAGUAAUGCAGCUCUCAAACCUUAUAUCCAGAAAGAUCCAAUGGCUAGCAUUAUUGUGAGAAGAGAUAUUGAUCUUAAUACCAAACUGAGUGGUUUUGAUGGCUGUCUACCAAUUAAUAUUGAGAAAGAAAAGAAAGUCGGAGUUGAACCCAGUAGAAGAAUCGACCUUGAGAUCGGAUUGGAGGAUAAUCUCAAUCGCCAAGUAGAAAAUGUUCCAUCUCCAAAAAUUUAUCCAGGCUUUGCACAAGAAGAGCACACAACUAAAAUAGGCUGUGAAAGUAAUGAAGUUUCUUAUGUUCAGUUUUCCGACAAACUUACAUACACGGAUAAGAAUUCUGCUGAGAUUUAUAAUGGAGGAACAUCUUCUGUAGAUAAACAAUGCCAGAAAGAAUUAGUAGCAACAGCCGUGGAGGUAGAUAAUAAAUGUGAUCACCCAACUGGACCACCUAUUGAAUCAUUUGCUUGUAAUCAAGAAGUGCCUGCAGGAAGUACAGACAAUAUGAUUGAAGAUGAUUUUCAGGAUAAUCAUUCAGAAAAGUCCAUGGCUGUGUCUCGUAGGAGACCUAGGAAGGUGCGUUUGAUGACUGACUUGUUGCGUGAAAAUGCUGAAUCAAAGACAGAAAAAACUGCCAUACAAGAGUCCCAAAUCUAUGGCACUUCCAAUAAUUCUGCAGCUUCACAGGCACACUCAAAUUUCCCAGGAAAGGUGGAUUUUCAAGGAGAUCUGACUUUAACAAAUUUGGGUCAAAGUAGAAAAAGGAAAAUUGUCCUAGAUGAAGUACGGAGUACGGAAAGUAUGCAUUUUCAGAGGGAUGGAUUUGAAGCUCAAAAUUUAGAGGGGAAUGCAAAAACAACUGUUAUGCUUUUCAAUAAGAAAUCCAAUUCCAAAGGUGUACUAGCAGGAACAGGUUCACAGGUUGCCGAGAAAGGCAACUGGAGUAAAUCUGAACCCGAAAGAAGCCAUAUUGUGGGCAAGAAGAAGAACAAAAGGAAUCAAGUUGUAGACAAUUACUUGAUUCCUGAGCAACAAGGACAGAGAAGACAAAAUGAGGACACCGUGUAUACUACAGAUAAAGCAUAUGGAUCUAAAACGGUUUCUUCUAGAUUAACUCCUUCCGUGUUUACAAAGAAUGGGAUGGAUAAUUUUCCUAUCCACGCCCUAAGAAUAGAAAAUGAGUUCAAUCCAUCCAAAGAAAAAGGGAAAAUGCUGCAAACCGAUGAAGAACUUAAUUCUUUUUCCUGCCACAGAAAUGACAUGCUUGUCAAAGAUUCAUUUCCAUAUUCAGGCAUAAAAAUUAGGUCUAAUGUCCCUGCAGAUGUUCCAAUUCCUUCGGUCCAAAGGGUGAUGAAUGGAAAAGGACUGGAGGAGGGGUUGCAUCUUUCUUUAAACAAUAUGUCAAAACAUGGUUACAACAAAAAAUGCAUCCAUCAAAUAGAAAAUCGCCUUCCCUUCUCAUUGCCUUUUCAAGAGAGCACUUCAAGAGUACCUAAUCUUAAUAGAAAAGACAGUAAAACCAAUGUUUUUGGAGGACCAAGCAUUCCUUUCAGGCACACAACAAAUACUAUUUCUGGAAAGGGAAAUCACUAUGAAGAAAUUACUGGUGCAAGAAAUACAGGAAAAAAUGUUGAAGCUGCAGAACAGCUAGGUAUUAAUAAAACAUACAAUGAGCAAGCAGCUGAGGUUCCUGAGCAGGGAACACUAGAUGAUAUACCCAUGGAAAUUGUGGAACUCAUGGCAAAGAAUCAGUAUGAGAGGUGUCUUCCUGACGUUGAAAAUAGAUGCUCAAUAUUUGAAAAAUCCUCUAUCAGUAGGAAUGCACAGAUGACAUUUGGUACUGCUGUUUACGGCAAAGGGAAGAUGAACUUGUUAAAAGAAGGGAAGAAGGAGAAAUCAAAGGGAAUACCUAAGAAAAAUAACAUGGUCACAAGAGGAGAGAAUGUGAAACCUUGCAAAAGAAAGCCAAAUCACUACUUUUCUCCAUUCAAUGGAAGUAAUUUGGGAGUGAAUAAUCCGUAUCCACCUCAACCAUCCUUUGGAUUCGAAGUUCCACAGUCCCAAAAGAAGCUAUCGAAUGAAUUCCAGUUUUCGCCUAUGGUUUCUAACCAGCUUGGUAGUGCACGGAAUAUCAAAUUUAAUGGGAAUCUUGAAGAGCGCACACCCUCUAGUGCUACUUUGCAAGCUCUGGGAGGAUGUAGCUUACACAAGAAUAUAUUACGUAGGAUAACGAAGCUUCUCGCAUUUGGGCAUCCUUGGCCUCAAAUCGCACUUCCUUAG